CCGCAUCAUCUUUUUUAUUUACAGGGGCUAUUUGGUGAUCCACAUUUGAAAAGCGCUGCUAGUUUAGCAGAAUUGAACAGUCGAGUUCGUGCCGAAUGUGCUGACCUUGUCAAUCAAAUUGAAGUCGGUAGCAAGGAACGAACCACAGUUCAACUUUUUGAUGACCUAUCAAAUACCAUUUGUAAAGCUGCUGACAUGGUAGAAUGCGUGCGACAACUUCAUAGCGAUCCGGCUUACAACGAAGCUGCUCAACACUGCGCAAGCGAUUAUUGUGAACUUGUAGAAAGGUAG